ACUAUUAAAACAGAAGGCCCUUUUUUGAGGUGCCCUUCUGUUUCAAUAGUAAUUACUAUUUUAUGCCACUGAAUUAUUUUUAGACUAAGCUUUUGAUUAAAUAUUUUUUUAUUUUCCGCAAAACCUCUCAAAAAAUCUAUAGUUAACAAAAAAAAUCUCGCCUGCUGAUUCUUUGGAGGCAUUUCUGCGAUUUUGUUAUAACAAAAACAGUAUCUAAAUAUUUCAAUUUGACCAAUUAAAUUGCUAUUAAAGCGUAGAUCAAUGCAGGCAACAGCUCUACGGAAGUUUAUGCAGAGGAAAAGUAUCCCUCGGAGGCGACUAGGGGAGGUUAAAGGCAAGAACGAUGGUCAGGCCAAGAAACCAGUCCAACUGGCUGCUCCUUCUGCUGCGUUGUCAUCGGUUAACGAGUUACCGGUUGCUGAUGAUAGGUCUGGUUCACAUUCUGCUCAGGAUGCAGCCCUUAUUUGGAGUCAAGGAGCUAGGAACUUUGAGAGUGGCAGUGGUAGCUCUCGAGCUGAAUUGGAUGAAUACGAGAGGAGAGGAUGGGGAAGGUUAAAAGAUGAAACUUGAUACAGAGUGGGUUCGAGACCUCUUUAGCUACGAUUGGUUUUGGCUCUAGCAACGAUAUGCUUGAUGGUUUUUUACUGUGCCCCCUUUGAUCUUCCCCAGACCAUAUAUGUAAGUUUUCUUUUUACAUACCUUCACAACUCUCAUGACAUAACUUUAGUUAUAUAAAGCUUUUAAUAUAUAUAAAUAAUCGUAAUAACCAUGGCAACUGAUGUAAUUUUCAGCGUAACCUACAAAAGUUCAUACACGGUCUCAAGCAACAAAGUUUUUUUUUCUCAAGCAGCAAAAUUAGUUUUCUGAAUUUCUAUCAUCAAGUUAAAUAAAAUUCCACUUUCAUUUUUCAGCAUUACAAAUAUGUCUAUUUUUGGUGAAAAUAUAUUGACGUAAUAAGUAAAAUAAUAGUUUUUUAAAAAAAACAACAGAAUUAUGUUUCUGGUUGCAAAUCUACAACAAAAGAUUCUCAUAUUUGAACUAACUCUUAAUUUUAGUAUUGAUUUGUUGGUUUUCUAACUGUUUGCAGAAAAAUAAAAAUUUCAAAAAGCAACAAAAUUAUCUUUUUAUGUACCGCAAAUCCAUAACGAAAUAUCAUAUUUGAACUAUCCCUUAAUUUUCUUAUUGAUUUGUUGGCUCUAUAGCUGUUUGCAUAAUUUUUAUUCUAUGCUAUUCUAAUCAUAUCCGAAUAUAUUGUGUGGAAAUUACUUUUAACAGUUAAUAUAAUAGAAACACAAUAUAUUAAAGUAUCCAUAUCAAACUAUAAAGUAUCUUAAAAUAUUUUACUUUUUAAUAAAUUAGAAAUAGUUAAUGUUCGUCUAUAUAUUUUAUGUAAAGAUUAUCAACGUAUAUAUAUGAUGUGUAUUCAAUAAUUAUUACCGUAGAUAAAAGUUUUAAAUUUGGUACCCAAUGUUUUCAAACGAGAUUGGUAUCAUACUUGGUAUACUAAUAUCUUUUAUAAUUUCUUAUAGAAUUUUCAAACGAUUUUGGUAUCUUUACUUUACAUGGUAUCUUAUAGAUUUUGACCCGUCUUUUUUUUUUGAACGUCUGAAUCGAUUAUUAUCGAUUAAUUAUGCUAUUAUAAUUAAUUGAUAAUAAUCGACUAAUUAAAGAUUUUGACCCGUCCUUUAAAAGGUAGUAAUAAUUUUUGUUUAAAUUACUAUUUUGAAGAAUUUAAUUUUUAUAUAUGAAGUUUUUUGUAAACAUAUUAUUUUAAUAUUAAUUUAAUUUAAUAUAAUUUUGAUAAUUAUGAUAAAUAUUUUUGAUUGGCACUGAAAUUACAUAUUUAAAUUAUUGGUUUGUUUUGACUAAAAUGAAAAAUAACAAAUUAAAAUUAUAAUCCUACCUCAACUUUCAAACCAUAUAUUUUAUUUAAGUUUCAAAUAUUAUUUGAUUCAAAUUAAAAUAUAUAACUGUAUAUGAAUUUUGAUAAUAUAUAAAAAGUUUAUUAUAAAUAUAUUUUAUAUAUUUUUAUCAUAACUAAAUUAAAGAAUUAUGGUUUAAAAAAUAUAACCCGCGGAUAACCGCAAAAUUAAGUAGAACGGGUACAAAAUUAUUUGUUUGCGGGUUGUACGGGUCAAAUUUUUGACCAAAACAAAACUGAAACCUGCGGGUUGACGGGUCAGCGGGCCGGGUUCGACCCACGACCCAUCCCUAACCAAACGUAUAUAUACCAGAUCAAUUUUUAAAUUGCCAUUAUUUAAUUAAAUAUAUAUUGAUUAAGAUUUACACACAAAUAUUAUUACAAAAAAAUACGAAUACAAUCACAAAGAAAACAUAAAUAUGAAAACUAAAUUUAAAGCAAAAAAAUAUACCCGUCCUUUUAAGGACGGGUCAGAAUCUAGUAU